ACUGCUAUUUCUCUCUCCUGUCCGCUCUCAAUCGUCGAGUGAGCGCGGGCUGGUGUUGUUCAUCGUGUGCUCCGUCAUAUUGUUAUUUGUGCCGUUGCCGUAAGUUUCAUUUGAAAAUCGUGACCGAUAUGGCAAUAAUUCAAAAGUGACGUGUUGACUGUUAAUUUGGUAGUUUAGUGGAAACUUGUGGGUAGCUGUUUUCAUUUGCAUUUUUUAAAAGCAAUUAGCAUGACAAAAGGUGGAUCAUCGCCUGUUUUAGUGGAAAAUGGGAACAAAUCCUCUGAACCUAUUAAAAAGCGCGGAGGGUUCUUUAGCGGAUCGUUUAGGCGUCGUCGCAACCCCGAUCCCAAAAUCACCGAUACCAUAAUCAUCAACGAAAAUGUGUCAUACAACGGCAACAACAAUAAUAAAAAUAACAUCAAAGGCGUAACCUCACCUGUUGUGAAUGUACAACCACAUCAAGUCGUGGACAACAAAAAGCCUCCUUUGCAACAAAAGCAGCCCUCGACAGUUAUAGCUUCUGAUAAAAAAACGUCUUAUCAGAAAAAGGAUGAGCUUAAAAAACAGCAACAAGCAGCCCUUGCAGCCGCCGCUGUCGAAGCAAACAAAAAGAAAGCGGAACAGAAAAAGACAGACGAUCCGAAGAAAGCCGUAAAAAGAGGUAAAACAUAUUGCAGUGGUUGCAAAAAGAAGUGUUCCGGUGAAGUACUAAAAAUCAAAGGCGAUAAAUAUUUUCACAUUGAAUGCUUCAAGUGCACAGUUUGUAACCGUUCGCUAGUGCAGGGGUUGUUUUUUUCUGAAGAUGGAAGUUGGUAUUGUCCUGAUGAUUAUCAAAAGCUUUUUGGAAAAAAAUGUACAGUUUGUAAUGAUUAUAUAAAAGAUGAACUUGUCAUUGUACUAGGACAAACUUACCACCAACAGUGUUUCACUUGCUCUCAUUGCAGGCAACCAUGUCCAAAAGGUGAUCUAGUAACAUAUGUAGGUAAAUCAAUCCUAUGUUCCAAAUGUAAAGAAAUACCAGUGAAGCGACCAGGGUCUGCCCAAUCUAGACAAACUACUAAUAAUGAGACUGAUUGUGCUGAGUGUGGUGAGGAUUUAAAAAAUGGUCAAGCCCUUUAUGCUUUGGAUAAACAAUGGCACAUCUAUUGUUUUAAGUGCCACGCAUGUUCGACUGUACUUCAUGGGGAGUAUAUGGGAAGGGAUGGAGUUCCUUAUUGUGAAAAAGACUAUCAAAAACUUUUUGGAGUCAAAUGCACAUAUUGUAGUAGAUUUAUAUCUGGAAAAGUUUUACAGGCUGGUGAUAAUCACCAUUUUCAUCCUACAUGUGCGAGAUGCGCUAAAUGUGGAGAUCCUUUUGGUGAUGGAGAAGAAAUGUAUUUGCAAGGUGGUGCAAUUUGGCAUCCACGUUGUGGACCAGGACCUACUGAAAAUGGUACAAUAAUUAAUGGAGGAUCAAAUACCAUGUUAAACGGACAUUGUAAUGACCCUGAAGAGUUUGACAGGAUCAGUUGUUCAGCUGCCAGUGAAACACAGUUUUCGUUGCGCUCUCGUUCACGUGCUUCCAGCUUUAAUGGUUCGUGCUAUAAUGGCUCUUGCAGCAGUAGUAUGAAUAGAAAGCAUUAUUAUCGGGAUAUACCUGGAAGUCCUGGGUUGUUACUUAGAGAAUAUAAGACACCCGCUGUUCCUAUAAGUCGUAUUUACACUUACAGUUAUCUAACAGAAGAACCCACUCAAGGAUAUUUAAAACGACCUAUAGAUCCAUAUGAUAAACAUCCUACUUCACCACAUUUUCAUCGUCCAACAUGUAAGAAUUUUAUUGUAAAUUUUUAUUUAUUUUUGUUGAAUUAUUAUAAACUUAUGGAUAUAUUAGCAUGUGGUAGUGUUCGUGGAAGUAGCAAAUGUUCAACAUUGCGUUCAGCUGGUAGCCGCACUGGUAUGAGAGCACUAAUUGAUAGUAUACGUUCAGAAACGCCUAGGCCUAAAUCACCACAUAGUAUGAACAAUGAAGAACCAAUUGAAUUAGCUCAUUAUCCAGCAGCUAAGCCACCAGCACCAGGUGAAAAGCCAAAAAUUGAAAGAGAUGAUUUCCCAGCUCCUCCGUGUCCUUAUACAGAUCCUGAAAAACGUAAAAUUUGGUUUGAUAGUUAUAAGGGAAUUUCAGAUGAUGAAGAUGAGGUGGAUAAUAUUAAAAAAGAUAGGCCAGUAGAUCCAAAAUUAAAAAAGGAGGAAGAAGAACUUAGAAAAAUGGGUUCUGGUAUUGGAAAAGUUUUUUUACAAGAAGUUCGAGAACGUGAAAAACAUCAAAAAUGGAAAGUAGCACACAUUGACCCUCGUAAUGCUUCAAGGUGUCCAUCUGCUGCUCGUGAACCAACUUAUCGUCUUAGAUAUCAAUCUCCUAUUAAUGCAUCUCCAUCUCGUAAUCUAGACCACCAACGACCUUGGGAAGAGGAUGGAUAUUUGGAUUCAAGUUACAGAUCAUCAGUUGGACAAUCUACAGGUGCCAUACCUAGCUAUAAUACAUACUAUCAAGGUCAGCAUGGGUCGGCUAUAAUGACAAGGGGCGCUCGCAAGUCGUGCACUCUUCCAGCCGGCUUCACCGGUAGCUCUGUCAAUUUUAUUCGGGAUGGUUAUUCUAUUAAUGGCUUAGACAAUAAAACACUUAGCACAGAUUUUAACUGCGCUAGGUCAGAAGUUUCUGCCGGAUCUAUAUCUGAAGUGGAUCAAGGCAACAUGUGCUCUGAAAUACCUGCAUCAUCUACUUACACUGGAUCUUUACGGUAUGCUACUAAUAUUCAUCGCUCAUUACCAAAUAUGUCUUCAUCACAUCACAGCUCUGAACCACCAAAAAUCUAUCCAUAUCACUUAUUACUCAUCACAAAUUAUAGGCUGCCCUCUGAUGUUGAUAGAUGUAAUCUUGAACGUCAUUUAUCUCCUGCUGAAUUUGAAGCCGUUUUCCAAAUGUCUCCAUCAGAGUUUUAUCGAUUUCCUCAAUGGCGUCGAAAUGAACUUAAGCGCCGGGCACGCUUAUUUUAAAAUUAUAUGCACUAUAUAGAUUAUAUAAGCAAAUGCUAUAAAUUCUUGAUUUAAAUCUUUACUCAGUGCUACGUUAUGAUUUGACAAUUAUAAAUUAUGACAUAGAUAACAAUCUUUAAUAUACCAAAUUUUUCUUUUCUUUUUC